UACCCACAGACCGCAAAAUGGCAAGUGCUCGCAUGGUCAACUUAUUUUCUCGGUGGCCUAGAAUUUGUGGGCAAAUAAAGAGUAACCAUCCUUCGGUACAAAUACAGCGGUUGUUCUGCAAUGAAAACCAGUCAGAAAAACUCUCAUUAUCAGAAAGACUCCCAGGUCUGCCCAAUGUGAGGUAUGCAGUAGCCAGUAAGGAACGGCACGAGACUAAAGUGACCACAUUGGAGAAUGGACUCAGGGUGGCAUCAGAGAAGAGUUUUGGGGAUUGUUGUACUUUUGGAAUUGUGAUUGACUCUGGGUCCAGAUAUGAAGUGGCAUAUCCAAGUGGAGUUGUUCAUUUUCUGGAAAAAUUGGCUUUUCAUUCAACCACAAAAUACAGUGAUAACAAUGCAAUUCAAGAGGUUGUUGAACCCCAUGGUGGAAUGAUAGAUUGUCAAGCACAAAGGGAUUGUUUAAUGUAUGCUUCAUCCAUAAGUCUAAAAGGUAUUGAGGAUGGAAUGGAUGUCAUAUCAGAAGCUGUAUUAAGACCCAAAUUAGAAGAUGCAGAGAUUGAAGAAGCCAGACAAGCAGUUGCGUAUGAACUCAAUUUAUUGGACACAGAUCCUGACAUGACUAUGAACAUAAUGAAUGAACUCAUUCACGCUUCAGCAUAUAGGGACAACGCAGUUGGAUUGCCAAGGUAUUGCAGCCCUGACAAUAUAAAUAAGAUAGACAAGAAAAUAUUAUACACCUUCAUGAAGAACUACCAUACUCCUGACCGCAUGGUGCUAUCUGGGGCAGGGAUAGACCAUGACCUACUUGUAGACUUGGCCAAGAAAUAUUUUACGAAAACACCUAUUUGGGAGGAGGAUGCUAAACUCAUUGACCCCACUCUUGGACGAGAUAGGUCACUGUCUCAGUAUACAGGCGGAAUGAUCAAGGUUGAUAAAGAUCUGGCAGAUGUACGGAAUGGCCCCAAUCCCAUGCCGCAGGGCGAACUUGCUCAUGUUGCCAUCGCCCUGGAAACCUGUUCCUGGCAUGAUGAGGACUACAUCCCCUUCUCCGUGCUGGCCAUGAUGCUUGGGGGUGGAGGAUCCUUUUCAGUGGGAGGGCCAGGAAAGGGCAUGUACUCCAGACUUUACUUAAAUGUUCUGAAUAGGUAUUACUGGGUAAACUUUUGUCAGGCUUUAAAUGUAACAUAUGAUGACACGGGUUUCUUCACUAUUACUGCCAAUGCGCAUCCUUCACACCUGGGAGAUUUAGUACAAAUUGUCCAGAAUGAGUUGUGUAAGACUGCAGGGAAAAUUACAGUAAAUGCUUAUGGCAAUGAACUGGAACGUGCAAAAAUUCAGCUUAAAUCCUUGCUACUUGGUCACCUAGAGUUACGGCCUGUUGUGUUUGAGGAUAUUGCUAGACAAGUCCUUGCAUCUGGUGAGAGGAAAUCUGCCGAGUGGUAUAUUGAGAAAAUAGGUGCUGUCACAGAGGAGGACAUUCAGCGAGUAGCCAACAGAAUGUUACGCACACAGCCUGCAGUCGCUGCCAUGGGGAACCUCGAACAAUUGCCCUCCUAUGACAAGAUUGCCAAUGCCUUGGUUAAAGGAUAUAGUAGAAAAUUCCUUGGAGGGAAAAUAUCAUUAUUCAGUUAACAUUUACAAAACAGAUUUGAUCUGAUCUUGCAUAUAAAAUGGCCAGCUAUUGAGAGGGAUGCAAAUUGAUGAUCAUGAUAUCAGUACUACUCUUUUUAAUGGUAGUUUUAAGAGUAGAUUCUGAAAUGAAGUUUCAAUGGUGCAAUGCAAAUAUUUUAAGCCGUUUGAUUCUCUCAGUGCACAAAGAUUAUGAAUGAGAUUUUUUUCCUUUUGUAAAUAGUGUGAAAGUAAUGUUACAUCUGGCUGCUUGUAAAUAUGUCAGUGAAGUCUUUUUCAGAAGGGAAAAGAUGUAUAUAUUUCAACUAUUGGAUAUGCUUUUUGGAAGUACAAAAGUGAAAAAUGGAUGGUAAAUCUUGUUUACUACUAUAAUGUAGCCAAUAUCCAGUUUUUUAGCUUGUGGAAAAAAAUAAAUUAUUUUGUAGGUGGAACAUCUUUACAUAGAAAGGUUUUUAUAUUGUUAUAAAGUCGAGUUGUUUAAUCUAAGGAAACUGCAGUCAAAAGUAAGAAAUCAAUUCUCUGUACCUACUUGAUUAAAAAUGCCAUCAAUUCAGCUGGUUUUGAGUGCAACUUACAUAAUGCCUUGAAUUUCCAAGUCCUUGUCAAGAUCUACAGUAACUCUUUCAUACAGUCAACUUAAAUUGAGCAAGUUUUAGAUACCAUUUUUCUUCAAGUGGAAGUUACCAGAUCAUUACUUAUGAGCAUAAAAUAUUCUUGCAAGUGAUCAAUGUAAUUACAAAAAAAGCCACAGAACGCAUUUUAGUUUAUAAUAACAGUAAUUAACUUGAUUUGUUAAAACAUCUAUGAAAGUUCAUUUCUUGUCAAAAGUUUCUUACCAAUGAUGAGGUUACUCCAUUGUUUGUUAAGUACACUUUACGUUCCCUGUGCCCUGAUUUUUGUUAACGGAACUCUUGGUAUACUUGGUACAUGAAAAAUGGUCAUGGCAGAAAACCAAGGUGAUCUCAUUGGUGUACAUUGUGGGGAAAAAGUUCCAUAAUAUCUGCAUAACUCGAACAUUCUGAACCCAGAAAAUUGUGCAAUUUUUAUAAAGUUUCAGCUAAUAUAUAAAGAAAAGCACAUUCAACAAAAUUCGACUUAUCAAGUGAAAAGAUGCAGUCUGCUGUACCAUAAAUUGAAAUCUUUGAGCCUUCAGGUUAAAUAGCAAUAGCAGUACCCAAUUUUAUAAUGCUUCAGCAACUGUCUAAUGCACAGUGCAUUUCACAACUCUUGUAUGCUGGCAGCAGAAUCAAUCUGGUGCAAACACUUCUACUUUGACACACACACAUCCUUCUCUGAGUUAACCUUCAUUUAUUAUUAUCACUAUUAUACCAUCAUGAUGGAGACACCCAACGGUGCCUUGCAAUAAACAACUUCCUCUGUCACUUA